UCAGUCUCGGGAUCCUUUUCUCCGCGCACUGGUUGGAGUUCUGCCGCAGAGGCUCCGUUUAUUCGUGUGUUUUGUGUUUUGUGUGGGUGUGUGUGUUCGUGCGCGUGUGAGGAGGCGCUGAGUAGAGAUUGCGGUGCUGAGCCUUGAUACUAGACCGUGGGAGAAAGUUUCAUGCGGCGGAAGAAUGGACAAGAUGAUCAGCUCGUCGAAGACUUAGCCUGGUGCAGCGGCUCGUCUUAGACGGCCUACCUGCAUCCGUUGCAGGUUUGGCAUUGCAGAGCGUGACUCGGAUUGCUGCUGGAACGCUUGUGCUUGUAUUCCAGAGGCAGCGUACAGUUGUGACAAUAGAUAUAGUUCCUACGCGAAAGUGCAAUCGAAGAACCACGGCACUGGCAACCUUCAACAUGAUGCAACUUUUACCUCUUAACGAGUGUGUGGAAGCUCAAGAGAGAGCUUAGAAGUGCACUCGGUGUCUCUUAACGCAUUCUUCGAUUUUAUCUGCAAGUUCUCUUCAGUAACAAUGGACACCGUUUCUGCGCGCUCACUUGCGGGCAUGUCCAGCAACUUACUAUCAUCACCAGCUCGGACAUGGCAUGGGGAGUUUCGAUUGGUUUCACAGCAAAUUCCCCUGAUCUCCUCGUAUCACGUUACAGGGUCAAACACCAAUAAUUCAACUUCCGUACGAACGUCAUUUUUCGGUGAGAGGAGCCCAAACACUAGCAAAGUCGCUAAGGGACAGCGGCGAAGCAGGCCUGACCAUGCUGUUGUUUCAGUGCUAAAGGGUGAUCGUAUUACAGGAAGCAGAGAUGUUCAGGCACCAGACGAUGUUGAGUCACUUAAAGCUGCGCUGGCCGCAGCUGAAGCUAGAACCGAUGCUGCCAAGCAAGCUGAGAAAAAAGCUUUGGAUGCAUUGGCAGCCAUGAAGAACAAGUCACGGGAUAUGGCGCAGAACGACCAAAAUUCACAGGAAGUAUUUGAAGGCAUCAGUCUUGCAGUGCAAGUUGAAAAGAUCUCUGAGUCUACAAUUCAGAAAGCAACUUUGCGCAUAACCGAGGACGCGGAGCUGAAAAUAGCUGCUGCUGAAACUGCAGCCGCUGAGGUUAUUCUGGAGCUUGAGGAUCAAUUUCGGCGAGCAGCGGAGGACGCUGUCCAAGCCGCCAGUGUGGAGGCACAAGUAACGAUUGAUGAAGCUAGGGCUGCGGUUAGCGCUGCCAGAGUUCAGGCCGAGAAAUCUGAAGCCAUAUUGAACAAACAGGUGAAGGCGUUGAAUGAACUGGCCGAGGCUGAAGCGAAAGUGCUUAUGUUGGAAGAGGCCCUUCUUGAUGCUGGUCGAAAGUUGCAACUGGCGAAUGGGGAAACUGAGCGUAUACGCAUUGAGCUCGACUCAGCUCAAAGAUUCAUCAAAACCGCAACCGCUAGGGCUGAAGCUGCGGAAAGGACAGCCGAGGAACUUCAGAGAGCUGCUGCAAAAGAGGCAGAGGAACGUGCGGAUAGUGCUCAAAGUGCAAUCAAUGCAGUGAAGAAGGCCACGCAGGUGAGACUAGAUGCGGACAAGAUUGCAUUUGAAGCGGAGUUGGAUGCUCUUCGGAGCGCGAAUGAUACAUCUCAUAAGGCUAGCGAAGCCCGCAGACUAGUCGAUAAAUCAAGAUUUGAACUACUAGAACGAUCAUUAUUAGCUGUGGAAAGCGCCACGGCUGCUUGGAAGAACCGAGCGCUAAUGGCUGAGAAAUUAUUGAGGCUAGCCAGAAUCAAUGGAGCCGAAAUUGACACAAGUAGUCUGCCAGUUGAGCAAGCUCCUAGUGUAGGUCGUCUUGAAGUUCUUCCCGGUAGCGAUGUCCGUAUCAAGGACCUUCUCGAAAAUGGUCCUAGACGGGAAACUCCAGACUGGAUGAAGCGGCGGCUUCAAAUAGGCCAACAGGUCUUGCCACCGAUGCAACCCAUCGCAAUAAACGCAGAUGUUGAUGCUUUGAUCCCUCUGCAGCUACCUUCCUCUGAAACCGUCUGGGACGUCUCAAAAUCAAAAGUCAAGGAGAAUGACAAAUAUGCUGUACGGGCAGCAGAAAAAGAGGCACUUGACUUACAAAGAAACGCUAUGGAGAGAGCUCUCCAGACGAAGUCUAUUAAGACUCUAGUGAGAUACCCAGAAGACGCAGAGGAGAAAUCAGAAUCUGGGACAGGAUCUGGCCGCGAGAUUGUGUUUCAAGGUUUCAACUGGGAGAGCUGGAGACGGCAGUGGUGGCUGGAGAUGUCAGCGAAAGCCUCAGAUCUUUCCAAAUGCGGAAUCACAACUAUCUGGCUUCCUCCUCCCACUCAUUCAGUUGCCCCUCAAGGUUACAUGCCAGGUGAUCUCUACAAUUUGAACUCAGCCUAUGGAGGAUCGGAGGAGCUGAAACAGUGUAUAGACGAGAUGCAUAAGCAUAACAUCCUUGUUCUUGGAGAUGUAGUCCUCAAUCACCGUUGCGCUCAAAAACAGAGUCCAAAUGGAGUCUGGAAUAGGUUCGGAGGCAAGCUUAACUGGGGCCCUGAGGCUAUUGUAAGAGAUGACCCUAACUUUCAAGGACAGGGCAACCCUAAAAGCGGAGAUUUCUUUCAUGCUGCUCCGAACAUCGAUCAUUCCCAGGACUUCGUUAGGAGAGAUAUUAUAGAGUGGAUGAAAUGGCUUCGUAGUGACUUCGGUUUCGAUGGAUGGCGGCUCGACUUUGUCAGAGGAUUUUGGGGUGGAUACGUGAAGGAGUACAUUGAAGCAACCAAACCAGCAUUUGCUAUAGGAGAAUACUGGGACAGUCUGGCAUAUGAGGGUGGUCAAGUUAGCUACAAUCAAGAUGCUCACAGACAAAGGAUAGUGAAUUGGAUAAAUGCUGCUGGUGGUACAUCAUCAGCAUUUGACGUGACAACCAAGGGCAUAUUGCACUCAGCUCUUCAUGGUGAAUUCUGGAGAUUAAUAGAUCCUCAAGGAAAACCACCUGGAGUGAUGGGUUGGUGGCCUUCUCGUGCAGUUACUUUCCUUGAGAAUCACGAUACCGGAUCAACUCAGGGUCAUUGGCCAUUCCCUCGCGACAAAUUGAUGAUGGGAUAUGCAUACAUUUUAACACACCCUGGAACUCCUGUGAUUUUCCAUGACCACUUUUAUGACUUCGGUCUGCAUGAUCAAAUAGCGGAUCUUAUCGCCGUGAGAACUCGAACUGGUGUGCAUUGUCGGAGUAAAGUAAAAAUAUUUCAAGCGAAUUUUGAAGGAUAUGCUGCCCAAGUAGGCGACAACCUCGUCAUGAAAAUCGGUCAUCUUGAUUGGAAUCCGUCGAAACAAAAUAAUCUUGCAGGUAGCUGGAACCGUUGCACAGACAAGGGAGAAUAUCAGCUCUGGGAGAGAAAAUAAGACGUCUCCCAUUUGCCUCAUGUAUGACACUUGAAACUAUACUGUACAAUUACUCUUUUCACUAAGAAAACGAGUUUUUAUAAUGGCGUCAUAUUAUUCUGGAUUUGAGAAA